CCUUUGUAUAAGUAUAUUAAAUGGAAAAUAAUACAUUCCCAGGCAGGUUUACGAAUAUUAACCAUUGUGGGGCAUCAAACGUACCUUAAGCGAAUGUACCUUUUCCGCAAUUAAUACUGACAAUUACCGUGUUGUUAAACGACGCGAAGGGCCUAUCUAUUAUAGGAUUUGUUUCAACACGUGCAGGCCGCAUUCAAUACACACAGCAUACGAAUUUUUGCAAUUGAAAUUAAAAGUUUAUUGAAAGCAGAAAUGGUGACAAGGAAGAAGCCAGUCAAGCGCACUGCCGACGUGGCGGCCAUUGAUAUAGAUGGGGAGGAGCCGACACAGCCAAAGGUUCCGAAAGAGCUACUCGUCGUGGCCCAAGAGGUGAAAAUUGUCCGCGCCCUGGCUUGCAACGAUGUGACAAAAAGAAAUCGCCAAAUACGCAAACUACGCAAAUGGUUCAAGCUACGAGCCAACAGCUCGUUCUCCUUCACCGAAGAUGACUUUCUGAGGAUCUGGAAGGGGCUGUACUACAAUAUGUGGAUGUCGGACAAGCCGCUGGUGCAGGAGGAGCUGGCCGAGCAGUUGGCCCAAAUGGUGGACAGCUUCGACGGUAAUACGGCUUGCAGUUUGUCGUAUUUCAGUGCUUUCAUGAGGACCAUGUGCCAGGAGUGGUUCGGCAUUGAUCAAUGGAGAAUGGACAAAUUCCUGAUGCUUGUGCGGCGCAUGCUGAGGUACGUGCUGCGGCUGCUCAAGCAGAGCAAGUGGUCGACCGAGCUGAUCGAAGCGUUCAACAACAGCAUGCUUCAGUCUGUCCUGGCGGAACAGCCCAAAAGCCGCGGCUUGACAAUGCAUUACUUGGACGUCUUCUUCGAGGAACUGGCCAAGGCGGCCGAUGGGGAGAUUACUGCCAGCCAAGUAAAUCUCUUUCUGCGUCCAUUUGUCAACUAUAUGGGCACUCAGCGCGAUGCCAAGCUGGUGGCCCAGUGCCGGACAAGAGUUCUCUACCAUUUGCUGUACCAAAGCGAAUUGGGCCGAGAGUAUAGCGAAAAAUACAACGCCUGGAAGCAAAUGGGCUUUCCGACCGCUUCCAUCGAUGACAUCGAGAAACACGACUCGGGCUUUGACGAAGAAGAUGACGAGGGCAACACUGAGGAGGAGCCGCAGCGUGCCACUUCCCUUGAUCCACGCGCUGGCAAUGUUGACGUACACAUGCCAGAGCUGCCCCUCAAUGCCGAUUGUGUUUUGGAUGAGCUCCAGACGCUGCUGCGCACAAACGAGUUCAACAGCAAACGUCGCAAGGGUUUACGCAAACUACUCCAAAUCUUUGAGACCUAUAAAAACGGAGAAUUCCCAUUGGGUGUGCGCACCAUGCCCAAGGUAGAAGGCACAACCCUAUCCGAAUUGGUCGAGCAGAAGGUGGCCGACAUUGAGGAGAUGGAGGACGAGGUCUUUGGCACUGGCAGAAAACUCAAGAAACUUAACAAGUCCAAGCGCAAGCGCCUGCUGCAGUCCAUCAACUUUGAGGAGGUCGAUGAGCACAACUACGACGACAUAAUCGGCAAGGCUCUGCCACCAGAGCUGCAGAAAAAGGUCAAACGCAAUGCGAAGGUGCGUUCCAGUAUCAACAACGCCUGGGUGGUGGAGGAAGUCAAUGACGCCGAGGCCGCCGAGGUGGCCGAGGUGUCCAAGGUGGCCAAGGUGGCCAAGGAAGCCAACAAAUCCAAGGAAAGCAAGGAAGAGACGCAGACCAAAUCGAAGGCAAAGAAGGCGAAGAAGGUAGAAAAGUCGCAGCCCAAGGCGGAGCCAGAAGCAAAACCUGCAGCUAAGAAAGCUGCCGACCCUCCAAAGCCAACCAAUGGUUGGGAAGCACCUCUCGAGGCUGGUGAGGAGGAGUUCUUUGUUCCCUCGCGCAAACAGCAACUGAAACAGGUAAACAACACACUCCAGAAGUCCACGCCGCAGCCAGCCAAGUGUCUUCCACCCCAAGCGUCCACACCUCAGACGGGCAGUGCCAAGCGCGUCCAGAUCCAAAUCAAGCGCAAUAGCUUCUAUCCGAAGAGCGAUUACUAUCGUCAGCUGAAGCUAUCCCCCGCAUUGCCAUACGAUGCGGACCGUUUGCCCGGCAAGAGCGCCCUCAAGCCGCACGUGAUGCCCGGACCCAUCAAUCCCAACUACAAGGGAGCCAAGCGACUCUUCAACGACACCCUGUGACGUUGCGUCCGCUGGAUGGGAUUUGGACAAGGACGUUGACGUGAUUGCUCGAACGAGUCAUUCACCGACUGCCACGGACAUGCAUAUCCCCCAAGAUCGGACCCCUGGCAUAUUAUUUAGGGUUAUAACUCCUGUAGGUCUUAUACGAUUUCUAAAUAUUCUUAUUCGCUACCUACCUACCGCUUGCAUAAGGUAUUCUGUUAGAUUACACUGAAUAUUGAUUCUAUUUAGUAUAAGACCCUUUGUUAGAUUCACCACCAACCAUAUGCAUCAUAUCCUUCAUGUACUGCAGUUACUUUUAUUUUGCUUGCUCCAGAUACAGCGCUAAAUCAAGAGACAUUUUAUUUACGCUAUAGGUAUGCGUAAAUGCUUAAAUUGAUUGUAAACCACUUUAAGUUCUUAGGUUGCUAUCUUUUGAGCCAUUACUGAAAUAAAAGCUAACAUGUAUGUGUAAUAUGAAACACGAA